UUUUUACAAUUUGUAAAACACACCCAUUUAUUUGUAAAUAAUCUUAACAAUGACAACUUCUCUACGUAUGCUCAGCAACGGAAAUCAGCUAUUUAUUGGCAUUGCUCUUGGAAUAUUUUUAGGCUUAUGUAUUAGUAUGUUUGAUGAUGAUUAUUUUCUUACAGUUAAUAUUCAUACUCCCGAUCCAUUCUUCAAUAUUUUGCCUAGUCAACUAAUUAAAGAAAGAAGAAAACAACAACGAAAUUUAACGCUACGUUGUAUUGUUUUAUUAACUUCUGGGGAGCGUCAAAAACCAGAAAAAGAAUUUUCUGCUAUUUUAGAUACUUGGGGAAGAGAUUGUAAAGAAUGCAAGUUUUACAAUUUUGAAAAUAAAAUAAAUGUUGUAAUUUUUAAGUGUUGUUUUUCACUGAUUCUGCAAGUUUACAACAACGUUAUGCUGGUAAAAAUUUCUAAGAUUGUAAUUUUCAUGUUUAUUUUCAAGUUUAUUUUUAAGUUUAAGUUUUAUUUUUAA